ACCUCAGCCCUCAUCCUCCAAGGUUUAGGGCACUAAAGCCUUGUCUAGCGCUCACUGGUAUUCUGUUUUGUCUUAACUUCUUUUCCAAUGGCUCGAGAAUUAAAAAACCUCUGUGUCCUUUGGCUGGUUUCAGCAUGUCUUGCUACUGAAAGCUUGGUAAUGGUAACUAAUAGUACUCCUACUACUAUUACUCCACCGCCAACUACUGAAGCUCCGGGAGCAAGUUCUCCUAGUCCUACUACUAUUACUCCACCGCCAACUACUGAAGCUCCGGGAGCAAGUUCUCCUAGUCCUACUGCUACUACUCUACCGCCAACUACUGACAAUCCGGGAGCAAGUUCUCCUAGUCCUACUACUACUACUCUACCGCCAACUACUGGCAAUCCGGGAGCAAGUUCUGCUAGUCCUACUGCUACUACUCCACCGCCAGGUACUGGCAUCACCGGAACAGAUUCUGCUAGUCCACCUACCCAACCACCACCGACUGAAAACCCGGAAGCAGGCCCUUGUGAUGUGAACCCAUGUGGAAUUGGAAGCACCUGUGACCCUCGUCAUAAUCAAACCUUUGUUUGCUUGUGCUUGGCUGGUGAUGUCUACAAUUAUGACAAUACAAUUUGUGAGAGGGCCAAAGUGUUCCCUGGACAUCUAAGCCUGCCUGGAAUCAAUUACAAUAAUGAAAUGGCUGAUAAGACAUCAGAAAUAUUUCUAGACAACUCAAAAGCAAUUACUGAUGCGCUGUCGGCUGAAUUAAACAAAACUGAGGGUUACUCUGGAUCUAUAGUGCUGGAAAUCCGGCCCAUUAACAACGGCAAAGUUUGGUUAAGGAACAGUAAAGGGGUCAAUGCAACUGUAGAGAUCACCUACGCACCAAGCGCUGACAUCAAAACAGAAGAGGUUUUAACAGCAAUAAAAAUUGGCGCUACGUGUUCAGACUGUACACUGAAAGGCUCAACUUUUGUUGAUGAAAACCUGUGUGAUAACAGUCCCUGUGAUGAAAAAUCUGUAACAUGCUCAUCAGCAGAUGGAGAUUUUAACUGUACAUGUAUCGAAAACUACAUUAAGACAGACUUCAGUAACAGAAUUUGCAUUGCUUGUCCCAGUGGCACAAAAGCUGAUGAAUCCUCUGAAUGUGUCGCUUGUCCAUUUGGUUAUUCUGGUUUUAACUGCAAUGAAUCAUGGCAGCUGACACUGGUGAUUGUCGGGUCCGUGUUAGGGGGACUGCUGCUCAUCACACUCAUUCUUCUGCCUGUUGUGGCACUCAAAUCCCCAAAGAAGAGUUCCAAGAAGAAGAACAAAAAUGCAGACAUUGGGACUUACGUCACCCACUCUCCUGCCAAGGCACCAUUGGUUAACGGCAACCACACAGCCGCAUUUAAUGGGCAGGCCAAUUCCUUUGCCAAUGCUGGGGUGCCUAGGAUCCCACGGGCCACAACCACCAGUAGCUGGGACAGCAGGACCAACCUUGAGAUGACUCCAAGCAAUAGCCGGCAAAACCUUGUCAAUUCGGGGAGGAACAUGCGGCAGUUUGAAGACGAUGAUGACAUGCCCCCUUAUGCUCAGGUUCGACCCCAGAGCAGCCUCUAUGAUCAGGCUCGACCCCAGAGCAGCCUCUACGCUCAGGCUCGACCCCAGAACAACCCCUAUGCCCAGGAUCGACCCCAGAACAACCCCUAUGCCCAGGAUCGACCCCAGAACAACCCGUACGCUUCGAGCCAAGGCCAAUCAAACCCUUACUACACGCAUGACAAUGGAAGACGGUUCAAUUAAUGAGGAACCACAAAGGUUUAUCCUACAGUGACACUUGCCCAGAUCAAAAACUUGUUGAGGUUUCAUUGGAAACAUCUCAGAAUAAUUCUUUCCCUAAAAAAUAACUGUUCACUGUUAAUAUAGUAUUAUGGUAAGAGUUGUUUUAACAGAAGCACUAAUUACUAUUACUGUGCCAUAUGGCAGGUAUGUUCUUUCACCACACUGACCAGCAUUGUUCUAUUCUGUAAGCUGUCAUAAAUCAUUCCUGUCUUUGCUUGACUAAUCUCUGUGAAAGUUUGAGAAACGUACACUGUAGUUAUCUUUGCCGUCUAUGAAUAUUGAUAUUACUUACUUAAAGAUCAUCUCCAGACAUGUACUAUGACAUAUAGAAAUAAUUUGUUUAGUAUAAUUUACACAUUAAAAUCCUUAAAAAGGCAUUUACUCCUACCUCAAAUGUCUCUUACUUCAUUAUAAAGUCCAUUCUCAGUGUAUGUGAUGUCACAACACAUGCGUGUAGGCCCCGCCCCUUAAAAUCUGAUUUUAAAUAAGCACAGAGAAACUUUCCACUUUCAUGAAAAGCCUAUUUUUGAGUAGACAGGAACUUAAGAAAGUGUAAUUGUUUAAUGGCAUUGAGGCAGAAAUUGAUACUUUGAUCAGGCUGAAACCCAGAAAUGAGAAUGUUCAUUAUCUUUCUCUUGCCAUGUUAUUAAAUGGCUCGUCUAUGAAUUUACAAGUUAUCAUUUCGCAUGUAAAAUGAUUUAAGGUUCUGUUUUUUUUUAUAAUGAGACAAGUUUCUUUUGUUCAAAUAAAAUCAAAUGAGUUAUUCUUUCAAAUUAGG